AUGGCGUCAACUAAAGGCCUCGAUAAUACUAUCGCAUCCACACCCGUCAUCGUCACAGCGAUAGUCUUUGCAGCACUCUACUCAUUCUACUUAUGGCUUUUACCCAAACCUAUUCCAGGAAUACCCUACAAUCCAGAAGCAACACGCUCAAUCUUUGGUGAUAUCCCUUCCAUGCUUCAUCAUUUGAAAACAUCCAAGACUGUCAGCGACUGGUUCAAAACCCACAAUGAGCGGCACAAUUCUCCCAUCGUACAGUUGUGGGUUGGUUUGUUCCGGAGACAAUGGAUUGUCAUUGAUGACUUUCGUGAGGCACAGGACAUCCUCAUGCGACGUACGAAAGAGUUCGACAAACCCGAUUUAAUAGGUGACAUCUUCUGGGGUGUCACACCGCAGUUCCACGCCAAUCUCGUCACAAAUGAAGCGUGGCGUGCACAGCGCAAGUUAGUCUCAGACCUCAUGACUCCUGCCUUCCUCAAUAGCGUGGCGGCUCCGCAAUUGCAUGAAAAGUUCUCAGACAUGGUCGCACUGUGGAGGGAGAAGAUGAGACUUGCUCAAGGCCGACCGUUCAGUGUCAAGCACGACGUAUACGAGGCCUCUCUCGAGGCGAUUUGGGCCGCUGUGUUUGGCGGUGCAGAGGACACUGCAACAAGGAAGUCGGUUGAGCUGUUAGCUUCGAACAAAAGUAUGCAGUUGCCUGGUGGUGCUAAUGAGGAGGUAGUCUUCGAGAGAGUGCCAGCAGAGGCUAUAUUUGAGGCAGUGUUGAGACUGACGGAUAGUAUUGAGGAGACGCUCAAGAGCCCGUAUCCAAUUAUUAGGGGGUUUCUGCAAAGAUACUAUCCGUCGCUGAGAAAGCAUUGGAGGGUUAAGGAUACAGUGAUGACGGAGCAGAUCAGGCUUGCAGAGGAGAGAUUGGCGAAGAUGAAAGACGACCAGGAAAUCGUCAUCACAAAUGGGGUAGACCAUGUACUACGCAGAGAACAAAUGGCUGCGGAAAAGGAAGGGAGGGCGCCGAUGUACUAUUCGCCAGCAAUCAAAGACGAUCUCUUCGGCCUCAUGAUAGCCGGCCACGACACAACCUCCACCACCCUGCUCUGGUCCGUGAAAUUCCUCACCAAAUACCCUUCCGUCCAACUCGCUCUCCGCACCUCCCUCCAUGCCACCUUCCCCGCCGCCCGCGCAACCUCCCGCACCCCAAGUGCCCAAGAAAUCGCAACAAGCACGAACCACUACCUCGACGCUGUGCUCGAAGAAUGCAUACGCUGCUCCACCACGUCCGCUCUGCCUGCGCGCACCGCAACCCGCGAUGCCGUUGUCCUCGGCCACGUGAUUCCAAAGGGGACCCGCGUCACAUUUGUCACUAUUCACGCUGGUGUCAAUGCGCCCCCCUGGCCGAUCCCCGAUUCCCUGCGCAGCACAUCGUACCACAAAGCCGGUGGUGGGAAGACGGGAACAUGGGACCCAGACACCAUUGCCGAGUUUGAUCCACAGCGAUGGCUAGUUCGCGACCAAGAGGGCAAGGAAGUGUUUGACCCAAUGGCAGGACCGCAGUUGCAGUUUGGAGCGGGUCAGAGGGGUUGUUAUGGCAGGAAGUUGGCGUAUUUGGAGUUGAGGAUUGCGCUUGUGUUGGUGAUUUGGGCGUUUGAGUUGAGGGCUGUGCCCGAGGCGUAUGAUGGAUGGGGGGUCAUUGAUAUGUUGACGAGGAAUCCCGAGCAAGCUUAUCUUAGACUUGGAGAGGGGGCGAAGUGA